UCGGUUGAACUAAUAAUAGAUUACAAAGCUAUUUUUAGAAUGACAUCACAGGUAAAGUUCCCGGAUGUCAUGCAAGCCAUUGUAAACAACGCUUUGCAUGAGGCAAAUUUCAUUGAUAUAUUUUUCUUCUUUCCGACUAAUUAAAUGGAUGAAUUACCGCAGCAAUCAAAAUCUGAAGGAAAUAAACAUUGUUGCUAUGGAACAUGUAAUAGUGAUACUAGGUACAGACAUCGAGAAGAAAUGAAAUAUGUGUUUUUUAUCCCUUUCCCUAAACCGACGACUCGUAGGGAAACCUGUCUAAAAUGGAUCAAAGCUUGUGGUCGACCCGGUAAUGAUUUCAACGUGGAUAAAAUCAAACGUUCCACAUAUAUAUGCAGCAAGCAUUUUGUAGGAGAAAGUGGUCCUACGGCUGAAAAUCCUGAUCCAAUCCCAGCACUUUUACACACAGAUGAACAGGUUGAAAGGUUUGAACGCAAAAGGAAAGCGCCUACACCAAGGAGAAAGCCAAUAAAAAUUUCAAAGAAGGAUAUUAAAUCUGCUGCUGAAGGUUUACUUGACCUGUCCAAUGAUUUAAAUAACUUUCCUGAGACAACACAUGUACAUGAAACAUCAUUGCUAGUACUUUGCCCUGCUACAGAUGCAUCGUCACAAACUGUUGAUGUACAGACAAAUGACAAAGAAGUGCAAACAAUAUACGAAAAAGAAGUUUUAAACGCCAAAAUUGAAAACAUGAUUUUAAAAAACCAAAUGCGAAAUUGUGAAAGUAGACAGAAUGAUCAGCCAAAUGAACAAAAUGACACCACCCUAUCAUUAAAGGCAAUUAAAGACAAUGAUGUGAAAACGAAAUUAUUCACAGGAUUAACAUAUGCUCAGUUUUGCAUUCUAUUUAACUUUCUUGGCACUAGUGUUUACAAUUUAACAUACUGGGAUGGGAAAAAUGAUGCAAAAGAAAGUUCAAGGAAAGGAAACAGAAAACUUGAACCGAAAGAUGAGUUAUUUCUGACUUUAGUAAGAAUAAGAAGGGGUUACAGCAUCGAUACUAUUUCACACUUUUUCGGAAUUGCAUCUUCUACAGUUAGCAUAGUUUUUACAACAUGGAUUCAGCUACUGUAUUGUCAUUUUAAUGAGUUGAGACAUGACAUGUUUCCAGAACGACAGCAUUUUAAAGUUGGAUUACCAAAAGUAUUUAAAACUUUUAAAAAUAUACGUUGCACAAUAGAUUGCACUGAAUUCUUUGUACAAAUGCCAAGAGAUUUCAAGAGACAAGGCAAUUUAUAUUCCUCGUACAAGAACCAUCAUACCUAUAAAUGUUUGAUUGGUAUAGCACCUAACGGAUCAAUUGUUUAUGUCUCAGACUUAUUUGAGGGCUCAAUAAGUGACCGAGCAAUUAUUGAGCAAAGUGGUUUUUUAGACUAUAUCAACCCAGGUGAUUUGGUUCUUGCAGAUAGGGGAUUUACAAUAAAGGAGCUGCUUCUCAAACGCCAAGCCUUCUUGAAUAUACCACCAUUUCUAGGAAAAAGAACAAAGUUUACUGCUCAAGAAGAGUUAACUACAAGACGAAUAGCCAAAGCUCGUAAACAUGUUGAACGUGUCAUAGAACGUGUGAAAAAAAUUAAGUUAUUGAGUGGAAAUAUACCUUUGUCAUUGUCUCCAAUUGCCAAUCAAUUAGUAUUUGUUGCAAGUAGCCUAGUUAACUUUCAAGAACCUUUAGUUAAAUGA